AUGGCAUCUCAUCAUCACCGCCAACCAUCCUAUGAGGGCAUCAUCGAUAUACCUGGGCUUUCUCACGUCCCACCGCAGCCUCACCACCGCCACCAAGCAUCGCUGGAAGGAAUUAUAAACUAUUCUUCCUUGGCGCCCUUGUCUGCAGACGAACGUUCUCGUGCGCAAGGGGUGUUGGACAGGAUCAUCAAUCGUCUAGCCAGCCACAGCCAUGUCAACCAUGGAUACAGUUGCCAUCUGCUCGUUCGUCACAGUUACGACUAUUCGCUGUCCGAGUUAUCCAAGGACACCUUCCUGCGAGUUUUCUUUAAUUUUAUGGAGCUAGAAAUCAGUAGCGACGAAGACAUCGAUACAGAUGAUGACCAUAUACCCCCGAAAUUUAUUCAAUUUGCGGAUAUGCUCAUUGAAAAGUUCUUCUUCCCAUUGAGAGCAAGUGGAAUGACUACUCCACAACCUACUCCCGCACAGCUCUCAGCAACCCGAAGUGCACGAUCACUACACGAUAUCACUGGCACCUCUGAGCGAGUUUCAUACCUUCGAGCUCUUUGCCUUGUUCGGGAUCAUCACCGCUGUGUGAUAUCCCGAGUUUUUGAUGCGCAGCAGGCGAUAGUUCGAAUGACUCAGUACGGUUUAAAUGCUCAAGAUGAUGAUGGGAAUCUCAUUAUAGAUGGAGAUAGAGGUGAAGUAUUAGAUGUCGCGCAUAUUCUCCCGCACUCCCUCACAAAAGUGGACGAGAAUUUGCAGCUGAGCGACUCUAGAAGGAUCGCGAUUGAUAUCCUUAACAUGUUUGAUUGUGAUGUGGCUCAAAUCAUUGACGGUCCUCGCAUCGACAGCCCGUGUAAUGCUAUUACUCUGUCUCAUACUUGGCAUAACCAUUUUGGUAAUUUUGAUGUAUACUUCGAUGCUAUCCCCGGCGAAGAACACACCUAUCGCAUCAACGGCUUUUUCAACCCUGCUGUGGGAGCAUAUUGGGGACUACCUGUUACUCGCAAACUCUUUCUGAGCGAAGAAAGAGUGGUAGAUGCACCAUCCCCCCGCCUGCUUGCUUUACAUCGGGCUAUUGCCCAUAUUCUUCACCUUUCAGGCGCUGGGGAAUACAUCAAUAGAAUACUCCGGGAUUUUGCAGAAACCGGUGUGCAAGCGGAUGGGUCGACGGACAUAGGACGUAUUGUCAACCUUAGGCUCAGUGGUUGGAGAGCAAGUGCUGUUAAAGUUUAUUAG